AUGAAACGCGGUGUGCAGAGUGUCGCCAGGACGAUUAAUCUGGCGCAACCGAAGACCUGUGCUCGCCCGAUUAAGCUCGAGAAACUAGUGAAUGAGGAGCAAUUAAAUAGUUGUGUCAAGGGUGGUGCAUACGCUUACAACUCACCCCGGCCUGUCACUGUGAGGGUCUGCUCCAGAAGGGUUUACGAGACUACAUGUGCUACGAAAAUGUCAGACUGUCCGUCAGCCUUGCCCGCCCACCCCCGUCCCUCGAACCUCGUCGCCGGUCUGAAGUUACUGAUGAAGGGGUCGAUAGUCGCGGGCCUCAUCUACUGGACGUCCGCCGAGGGGAUAUGGGGCGACUCCCGUCAGACCGAGAAUCUCUACUACCGAGUGAUGGCUACCGUGGCUCCUGUACUCCCAGACGUCCCCGGGAUCGAGCAACUGCCUCGCAUUGAUAAAAUGACCCAUAACGUUUACGAGGGGUACAACCGUGCUGUCGUGACUCUCAUGCAUGUUUUAAUUACUGUACCCACGGUAAUGUCACAAAAAAUACGAGAUAUUGUGUGUCCGGCGGACGGGGAGAUUGAGGAUGACGAUGCAACGAAAUAA